GGGAUGGUCUAGGGUUAAGAGGCACGUAAAGACGUCCUGGGCCAGUGGAGAAGGCAGAAGUGUUUGUAUGGUCUCGCCGGGAAUCCGAAUCAGAACUUGGACCAGACCCCUCCCUGAGGAUGCUGAAGUGAAAAUCUGCUCAGGGCAUUUCUCAGCACCCUGGUCCUGACUUCCAUUUCAUCGUAGUAUUGGGACACUAAGCUGGCCUAACUAUCCCUUCUGCUGAAGAGCCUGGUCCUUGCUUUUCCAACACCUUUGGAUUGAGUUUCUUCCAGAGGGAACCAAGAAGAGGAUUAAUUAAUACAUUCAAUUGUAAAAUAAGCCAUGGCCCAUGAGUUGGUGAUGUUCAGAGAUGUGGCUAUAGAUGUCUCUCAGGAGGAAUGGGAAUGCCUGAACCCAGCACAGAGGAAUCUGUACAAGGAUGUGAUGCUGGAGAAUUAUAGCAACUUGGUGUCACUUGGACUUUCUGUUUCUAAGCCAGCCAUAAUCUCCUCAUUGGAGCAAGGAAAGGAGCCCUGGAUGGUUGUGAGGGAAGAGUCAGGAAGAUGGUGCCCAGACUUGGCAUCCAGAGAUGAGCCCCAGAAAUUGUCUCCAAAAAGAGAUAUUUGUGAAACAGAAUUAUCCCAGUGGGUUAACAUGGAAGAAUUUGAAAGCCGUAAUCUUGAGAGAGCAAUUUUUAGAGAUAUCUGGGAAGGCAACUGUCAUUUUGAGCAACAUCAGGGACAAAAGGAGGGCUAUUUUAGACAAUUUUUGAUUAACCAUGAGAACAUGCCCAUUUUUAGCCAACAUACUUUACUCACUCAAGAAUUUUAUGAUAGAGAGAAAAUCUCUGAAUGUAAAAAGUGUAGAAAAAACUUCAGUUACCAUUUACUUUUUAGUCACCACAAAACUCAUUCUGAAGAACUUUCUGAAUGUAAAGAAUGCACAGAAAUUGUUAAUACACCAUACCUUUUUAAACAACAGAUAAUUCAAAAUGGUGACAAAUGCAAUGAGUGUAAAGAAUGUUGGAAGGCCUUUGUUCAUUGCUCACAACUUAAACAACAUCUAAGAAUUCAUAAUGGUGAAAAACGCUAUGAAUGCAAUGAAUGUGGGAAGGCCUUUAAUUAUGGCUCAGAGCUUACUCUACAUCAAAGAAUUCACACUGGUGAGAAACCUUAUGAAUGUAAAGAAUGUGGGAAAGCCUUUAGACAGCGAUCACAGCUUACUCAACAUCAGAGACUUCAUACUGGUGAAAAACCCUAUGAAUGUAAGCAAUGUGGGAAAGCUUUUAUUCGUGGCUUUCAACUUACUGAACAUCUGCGACUACAUACUGGUGAGAAACCUUAUGAAUGUAAAGAAUGUGGGAAGACUUUUAGGCAUCGCUCACAUCUUACUAUACAUCAAAGAAUUCACACUGGUGAGAAACCCUAUGAAUGUCGGGAAUGCGGGAAGGCCUUUAGCUACCACUCAAGCUUCUCUCACCAUCAGAAAAUUCAUUCUGGCAAGAAACCGUAUGAAUGUCAUGAAUGUGGGAAGGCUUUCUGUGAUGGCUUACAACUAACCCUACAUCAGAGGAUUCACACUGGUGAGAAACCCUACGAGUGUAAGGAAUGUGGGAAGACUUUUAGACAGUGUUCACACCUCAAAAGACAUCAGAGAAUUCAUACCGGUGAGAAACCUCAUGAAUGUGUGAUAUGUGGCAAGGCCUUUAGACUUCAUUCACACCUUAUUCAACAUCAAAGAAUCCAUACUGGUGAGAAACCCUAUGAAUGUAAGGAAUGUGGGAAAGCCUUUAGCUAUCAUUCAAGUUUCUCACACCAUCAGAGAAUUCAUUCUGGGAAGAAACUGUAUCAAUGCGGGAAGGCAUUUAAUCAUGGAUUACAACUUAACUUACAUCAGACUCUUCAUACUGGUGAGAAGCCAGUCACAUUUCCACUCAUCCCUCCCCAUCCUACUCUAGCAUCAUGAAAUUUGUUGAUGGAAAUAUACAUUGUCUUUGUUUUAUUUAAGGAAAAAGUUG